AUGGUCACCUAUGCGGCUGCUAUAUGGGCUGAACCCAUGCAGGGUCGCAAAGUGCGCCACUUGCAAAGUCUCCAGCGUCAAUUUGCCUUACAGAUAACUAGGGCGUUUCGUACUACCUCAUCCAGUGCAUUAAAUGUCAUGGCGGGACUGAUCCCUCUUCAUCUACGUAUUCUGCAGGAAGCAGCAAUACAAUCCGUCAAGGUUUCGAAAAAACCUUUCAUCCUAUUUGAUGAACUUUUCACACCAUUGCACUAUGAACAACUCUCACAACAUUUGGAUGUGCAUCCAGUCCUUCAAGGAACAGGACUUCGGAUUUUCCUUAAGGACGUAACACUGCCACCUAUCCCAAGCAUUCAAUAUUACGCUGAUGGAUCUAAAAUAGAUCAACAGACAGGCUGUGCCCUUGUAGCUUUUCAUAAUGGUCAGUCAAUUUAUCAGUGGCUGGGUCAUCUCCAUGGAAAUAAUAGUGUAUUUCAAGCGGAGGCCCUAGCCAUCCUCAAAGCAGUUCAACACUGUAAAACAAGUGGUGCUAUGGAGGCAAUAAUUAUCACUGAUAGUCUUUCGUCGCUUCAAGCGAUUCAAAACCCCAGACAUUCUUCUUCGCUUAUCUCGGACAUCCAAUGUGAACUUCGUAAUCAAGUGGGAAAUAACAUCACGCUAGCUUGGACUAAGGGCCAUGCUGGGGAUCACGGUAAUACUUUGGCAGAUAAGUUAGCCAAAUCAGCUGCCGAAAAAUACCGAUGCCGAGGCUGA